AAAAAAUACUCUGUGAUGUGAACCAAUUUUUGUGGACCAACAAAAAAUUUGAUGCAAACAAAACUAUUAUUUCCACAAAAAACGCAUUGCGCAACUUUUCUUCAAUUAUUUUGUGAAAAAUGAAUAAUAACUAUUGAUUUGUGUUUUAGUUUAGUACAACGUUUAUUUAUAAAUAUGGCUGUAAAACAGUUUAUAGAUAACAAUACGUGUAUAUUUUCAAUUUUAGCUUGUAUUUUCCUUACCUUCGCAUAUGUUGGGAGUUUAUAUAUUUGGCGAUCAACAUUAAACAGAGACCACCCCUCCACCAUAAAGAGAAGAUUCUUCAGUGUGUCUUGCAUGAUGUUGUUGGCACCAUUCUUCACUCAGUAUUUCUUCACGGAGGGCACCCUAGUGAAAGGGGAUGUGUAUGGACACUUGGGGCUCCGUGCCGCAGGCGUGGUGCAGGCCUCCAUAGUUCCACUAAUACUGACUGCUAUAUUAUUCUUAGGCCCCUUGACUAUGCAGUUCUUCUCAGGGAUAUGGAAAUUGUAUGCAGAGCCAGUGUACUGGCUGUCCAGUUGGAAGGACUGGGUGUGGGUGCGGAACCACUUCAUGGCGCCACUGAGCGAGGAGUGGGUGUUCCGCGCGUGCAUGAUGCCGCUACUGCUGCAGUGUCUCGAGCCCAUCACCGCCGUGUUUGUCGGACCACUGCUAUUUGGCAUUGCACACUUUCAUCACAUGUACGAACAAAUGAAGGCUGGUUUUGAUUUCAAGAUGGCCCUAAUGAUCUCAUCAUUCCAAUUUAUGUAUACGAGUAUAUUUGGAGCGUAUUCAGCGUACCUGUUCUUGAGGACUGGUCACUUCGUGGCGCCACUAGUAGCCCACAUGUUCUGCAACCACAUGGGAUUCCCCAACUUCUCCGAGGUGAGCCAGCACAAGCCGGCGCACCAGGCCGUCAUCAUCGCGGCGUUCCUUGCCGGCCUGCUGCUGUGGUGUCUGCUGCUGAAUCCGCUUACUGACCCGGCGCUGUAUGACAACCAGAUCUAUGCUGACACGUAGAGGAAGAUGCGGUGUGAAGUGUAAGUUUUGGUAGUUUACGCAGACCGAAAUAGAAAGUGUAGCGGUCACGAAAAUUGACACUUGAUUCAAAGGGUUGCAAACAAACUUCAAACGUUUACGAUACGGGAGGUGGAAUCGCUUUUUCAUACAAUCGAUAGAAUCGAACUACACGCUACACUGCAUACUUUUUUGUAAUUUGAUUUAUUAUACUGACCACUAGAGGCUCUGCAUUGUAUGAAAUUUGUAUACUUAGCAGAUGUAUACUUUCCUAUGCGUAAACUAUUACAACUUACAAUAGAAGCACUGAUAAUGAUAACUCAAGGUUUGUAUUCGUGAGAAAUAAUGAAGAAAGACUCAAUAAUUGUCACUAAUACUAUGAUCUCUUAGUACAUGAGUAAUUUAUCUGUUUGUCACCGUUUGAAUAAGUAAAUUUUGACUGGUAGAAAAUGCUGUAGCAUCAAGUCCACCUUUUGUACACUCAUAGAUUAUAGUUAUGCAAUUACGAGUUAAAUAGAUACCUAAGUACUAAUAAUAAAGAAGAGACCAAACUGAUGCGUUCACUCUACGUUCUAAUGAAUACGAGACUACUUAGAAUAACUCACUGGCAUGGUAACUAACAAUAUAAUCGCAACUUUUACCACUAAAGCGUCGAUAUACCAAUGAAAAUUAAAUAGGAUUUUUGGUUAGGUUUUGUGACAAUAACUUGUGACCGUAUCCGUUUGGCCGCAUCUUCACACUAAACGAACAGUCAGUGCCUGAAUGAUGUUUCACACUAGAUUAGUUUAUACAGUGGAUAUGUGCUAUGUUACCUGAAUAACUGAAGGUACUAAAUUUUGCAGUGAAAUUCUUCGCUCUUAUUACUUACAUGACACUUUUUUGUUGGUCUUAGUAUUUUAUGGUUUAUACCUCAGUAUACCUAUUUAAGUAUUUUUCUUACGUGGUACUUACCUACAUUAAAUACCUAUAUUAUUUAACUUGCCCCGAUUUAGGUAGGAAUAUGGAUGUGAUUCAUAGAUUUAAAGAAUAGUAAUACUGUACCAAUACCUCGUAAAGUAUUGUCAUGUGCCAUCCAAAUGUAUGAUUGCAGUCCAGUUUCUGAAUUGAGAAACGAAAUAUCUUCUAACUGGUUUGCUUCAAACUAGAAUGACUUAUACAGGAAGCCAGUGAAGACCAUUUUUUUUAAUGGAAAACUGGUGAUAGUUCAUUAUGAUUCAUAAAUGAAUAAAUAACAUUCAUGACCGAUUGGUAUAAUAUCUCAAAAACGAUUACUUAGCCAGAAAACACACAUGUGAAAACAUACAGUAUAACGGUGUGGAUUCAUGACAGGACAGUCUGCUGUAUCCAGUUUUCUGGAGGGUUAUCGGACCCGGACACCCUGUAGAAUAUAUUUUUAAACCAUAGAUUACUGCAACCAGUGAUAAGAAAAUAAUAUAAAUGUAGUAUUUGACAAGGUGCCAGAGGCGGGGUUGUGCUUUGCUUUCUGCUAUUUAAUGUAUGAGAUAGUAAGUUUGAUUCAGUGACUGAAUGUUUGAUGCCAUAAUUUUAAGGAAUUAUUUAUUACUAAAGUACUUACUGAUAUUUUGUCAUAAGCUUGCUUAAGAAAUUAUACAGUCAUUAAUCCCAAUUAAAAUUAAAAAGAUAAGUUGUCAUAAGUUCUUAAUUAACUUGAAAUGUAUUUUAGUUACUAAAGUAAAUGGUGAAUGAAUUGUUUUGACUAGUCAAUUUACAAGUUGUUUCUUUAUUUUAUUUUAUGUAUAAGAGUUGUCGAAUAAUGUUUUGUUUUACUAAAAUACUUAAAAAGUCAAUUUAAACGAAAUAAAUGUAUGUAAAUAUUUAAAUUUUAUUUCAUGUGUUCUUUAUAUGCAAUAUUGACAUAAUCUUGCAUUUCCUGUAUAUAAUUAUAACCUAUAUAAGAAUAAGACACUAAUAUAAGUAAAAAGGAUUGUUCUAAACAAAGGCAGACAUUCCCGUAGAGCUUACAGAUAAUAGGGAAAAUAUUAUCGUUUUGAAAUUUGGUAUCCCGAAAAAGAAAAGCGGGCUUUCAUAUACCGGUAUAAGUUGAAUAUAACCCCUCACUAACUGAUGCGCGAAUGUCUAUUUUGCUCGCAUAGUAUAUUGACCCGCUUUGGGCCCAUUGGUUUCCUUCCGUAUAUGGACCGUAGGGUAUGUUUGCCUUAGUUUGUAUCAACGUUGACAAUCCAAAAUUUGCAAUUUCAUUAUAGGUACAUGUUCAAAUUGAAGACUGCAAUAGGGUCUCGUUAUGGUAAAUAUCGUUACGUUAGCCUAUAUUUCCUAGCUUUUUCUUCUAAACACUCAACAAGCAUUACGCUAGUCUAAUACGAGUAUGAGACCUUAUUGCAGUUAAAAUCCAUGUGUUUGCAUAAAAAUCUCAGUUUAAAUUUUACAACACCUAUUAACAAUAUCAUAUUAAACAGACCACUGUAGUAUAAUUUUAUACAUGCUUGUCUCAUAAGGUUGCGUUAAUUGUAAUUCAAAAUUAAGGAAACUAAGUCCGUCAAAAACUACAAAGAACUACAUUAUGAUGUUAUAAAUUAAAUUCAUGUAUAAAUUAAAUCAUCACAUUCUAUAAAAAUAAAUAAUUAAAAGGCC